AUGCUUAUAAAUCUUGCCAUAUUUAUUCUCCUCGCUGGCUCUGCUAUUGCCAGUGAUGACAUCUUAGAUUUGGAGGAGAAGGAGGUCAUAACCGAUGGAUACGACUUUGGUGCUAUGGACAAACAACUCUUGGAGUAUCUGCCGACGAAAAGUUACACUCAAUAUCAGCGGCACCCAGGAUAUAUCCCAGGAGGUUGCAAAAACUCCACCAAAACCUACCACUAUAACCCUCAGGAUAUCGAGGUCUACACGGUGACAUACGAGGACUGCGAGGACCCAUGGGUCAUUUGCCGGCACAAGGACUCUCCUGUUGCAGCGGAUGAUAUCUUCACUAUGGUAUCACGAGUACCCGUUGGCAUGCGUCAAUACGUGAAGAAUCUCGUAGCAUACCCUAAACUAUGUGACAACAACGGCAACAACUGCAACUACGCCAUCACAACCGAAGGAUCCAUCGUCAACGUCUGGGACACACAUUGGACAAUCGGCAUCCUCAUCCACGAGAUGUCACACGUGCUAGACUCACUUGCCCUGCGCCGCUUCACCCCGGCCUCGCUACCUUGGUUCAGCAACACGAGUCUGUGGCAGAACGCCGAGGGAAAGGACUUUGCCGUCCCAACCAACUAUGCCAAGAGGAGCUGGCAGGAAGACAUUGCGGAAAUUGGCAGAGUGGCCAUGUCUGACAUGGUGGUCCCCGGGGGUCUGCCAUCGAUCAACAAGAACAGCCCCGAGAUCAGCUGGCAAGUCAACACGUACAAGAUGUACCUCCGCGACAUCAUUUUCCCCGACUCGGGACGCUGCAACGCGAAGAACCCGAGCGGGAAUCCCGUACCAGUUCUUGAUGGGGUGAAGUUCAACCCGGAUUCGUUCGGCCCUGUUCCCAACACUACUCUGAGCGGCGCUGUGCCGGAGAUUGUUGUGCCAGAUGUCGUGGUCUCCGCAGUGUUGUUAGGCUAUCAUGAGCACUAA